AUCGCUCCAGUCGUGUAAUCCAGAAACGUCAGCGAGCCAGUGAACAUUAAGCGGAGCAGACCAAAAUCCCAAACAAGGAAAUGAUGGGGUUGGAAAUGCUUAGAUUAUUUAAUUAAUAUCGUUUAAUAAUUAAUUAUUUUUCACUGUAAAGUGAAUUAUAUUUAUGGGUUACAAUGGAUUAUGAUUUCAAAACGAAGCUCGCAGCUGAACGAGAGAAAGUGGAAGAUCUGUUUGAAUAUGAAGGUUGUAAAGUGGGUCGCGGUACCUACGGGCAUGUUUAUAAAGCCAAGCGCAAAGACGGAAAGGAUGAAAAAGAGUAUGCACUGAAACAGAUUGAAGGUACUGGAAUAUCUAUGUCUGCAUGCAGAGAAAUUGCGUUGCUGCGUGAAUUGAAGCACCCAAAUGUGAUUGCACUACAGAAGGUUUUCCUUUCUCACAGUGACAGGAAAGUCUGGCUCCUCUUUGAUUAUGCUGAACAUGAUUUAUGGCAUAUUAUUAAAUUUCACCGUGCCUCAAAAGCUAACAAAAAGCCCAUGCAGUUGCCAAGAAGUAUGGUCAAAUCACUGCUUUAUCAGAUCCUUGAUGGAAUUCAUUACCUCCAUGCAAACUGGGUGUUACAUAGAGACCUUAAGCCAGCAAAUAUUUUGGUCAUGGGAGAAGGACCUGAAAGAGGAAGAGUUAAAAUAGCAGACAUGGGGUUUGCAAGACUUUUUAACUCACCCCUCAAGCCUUUAGCAGAUUUGGAUCCAGUGGUAGUUACCUUUUGGUAUCGAGCACCAGAAUUGCUGUUAGGAGCAAGACAUUACACGAAAGCCAUUGAUAUUUGGGCAAUUGGUUGCAUUUUUGCAGAGCUACUCACUUCAGAGCCAAUAUUUCACUGUCGCCAAGAAGACAUCAAAACAAGCAACCCCUUUCAUCAUGAUCAGUUGGAUAGAAUUUUCAGUGUCAUGGGAUUUCCAGCAGAUAAAGACUGGGAAGACAUCAGAAAAAUGCCUGAAUAUCCAACACUUCAAAAAGACUUCAGGAGGACAACGUAUGCAAAUAGCAGUCUCAUCAAAUAUAUGGAAAAACAUAAAGUAAAGCCUGACAGUAAAGUUUUUCUAUUGCUCCAAAAACUGCUCACUAUGGAUCCCACUAAAAGAAUAACUUCAGAACAAGCACUUCAAGAUGCAUACUUCCAAGAAGAUCCUUUACCUACUUCUGACGUGUUUGCUGGUUGUCAAAUACCAUACCCUAAGAGGGAAUUUUUGGCUGAAGAUGAGCCUGAAGAAAAGGGUGACAAGAACCAGCAACAGCAGCAAACACAGCAACACCAGCAGCAGACAGCUCCACAACAGCCACAACAGCAGCCACCUCAGGCACCUGUGCAGCAGGGACCCCCUCAACAGAACAGCACACAGACAAAUGGAACAGCAGGAACUGGAGGAGGACCUACUGGGGUUGGCCUACAGCAUGGACAAGACCAGGUUCCUCCCAACAAGAAACCUCGACUUGGAACCUCUGGAGCCACCUCAGGGACUGGCGUUCUUCAGUCUGAUUACCAGCACUCUGGUUCUCGUCUGAGUUACCAAAGCAAUGUCCAGGGAUCUUCUCAGUCCCAGAAUACAAUGGGAUAUUCAACAUCCUCCCAGCAGAGUUCCCAGUAUUCUCAUCAAUCACAUCGAUACUAAAAAAGUAUACACUUUGGCUAGAAUUGGGUGCAGGUAAAUGUAAAAUUGUAACAAAUUCGGUGUUGGAUUAUGUGCGACAGUGAAUGCUUCACAGAUUGGGUAAAUUCUCCAGCAAUAUGAAGUGAAUUUGCAAAUAAUAACCAAAAAGACUGCAACAUGAGACAACCGUCCCAUGCCCGGGCUACGGGGCAAUCCUUAAAUAACUGAUACUCCUUUUUUGUACUUCAAAAAAACUAUAAUUUUUUCUUUCAUAUUAAUAUUUCCAGAUUGUUUGUUUAAUGACACAAAGGUGAAAUGUCUUCACACCCAGCUCAACAGCUUACGAUACGCAGCACCGAUGAAGAGAUCUGAAUGCUACUGGUGCAGAAUAAGAAGCCAAAAUCACACAAAAAUAGAUUGUACAAAUAUGAAUAUUUACUUAUAGUAUAACAUCUUUUGUAUGUUUUAAGAAAAUAACUUUAUUUUUAUUUGUUGUUCUUUCUAAUUUUAUUUUUACUAAGCAUCAGGUUUGUAAAUAUUUGUAUAAAAAUUGAUGGAGUGAGAAACACAGGACAGCUUUAUUAUGUUCAAGCAAAUGUCCUUCAAACAUUAUAUAGAUUCUUUAUUUGAUAUUAAGGCCUAAACACUGAAAAAAGGACAUAAAGAAACUUGUUGAAGUCUGGAAAUGUAUCUCAUACGAUAGAUGUCUCUAAAGAGGAGGGAAUUUAUAAGGUUUUACCAUAAGAUUAGCUGUAUUUUGUUUUGGUAGUACAACACAUCUUUCAUCUUGUAUGUUGUUGUGGUUAGAUUUGUUAAUAAGUUUAUUUUGGAGUGACUCUUAAAAAGAUUACCACUAUGCAUGUGCAGUUAGGCCCUAACUACAUUUGAGAAACACUUGCUAAUAUAUCUGUGAGUAGAAGUACUUUACUUGUCUGAAAAGCAGAAUAUCAGCCUUGCAUCUAGAAUUGUUGCAAAGAGCAUUUUUUCCAAAUUAUGAAUUAUGUUUUUCCCUAUUCAGGCAUUUUUAAUCUCUGUUCUAAAUUGCAAGCAAAAUGUUUCAGGUACUUUUUUGAUUUUUUUCCCUUUUAAUCAUAACAUGUAACUUUGCUUUUAUUGGACAGAGAAAGUACAAAAUAACAAGAAUGUAAAAUUGGCAAUAUUCUUAAUGUGUAAACUGACAGAAUCAAUUUUAAAAUGUAAUUUAUUUAUUUAAAUGGUAAUUAUGAUUUAAAGAGAAAUCAUAAAUGUUAAUUUCUAUUCUAAAAAAUUUAAAAGUACUGUCAGUACAGGCUCCAGCUCCCACAGUUCUUAACUAAAUGAAACAAAAUAAGUGGAAAAAUGGAUAUGAGCAUGGCCCAGUAUAUACAUGGAGGAUAAUAAUCUUUAUACACAGAUUAGUUAGUAAUUCUUAAACCCUGGGUAUUUAUACUUUUUAACUCUGCUACUAUGAAGCUAGCAACUGUAUCUAGUUAUUUUUUUCUGUGAAGUCCAUAAACUCAAAAGAAUAUAUUUUUUUAAAUUUAUAUAUGAUACAAGUAAUAUAUUUAAGUGAUCGUUCAAUUUUACACAUAUAGUUUCCAGUCAGACUACAGGACAUCAGACUAUACUUCCUUCUUUCUAUAUUUUUCAUAUUUUAAAUAUUGAAGGUUCUUUUACAAUCAGCCGUGUGCUGCAUUUCAUAAGGUGUUAGUCCAGUUUUGAUCUUUGUAGAGCCACCGUUUUACAUGGAAGCGAGUAUACUUGAACACUGUCACUCACACCAAUACAGACAGAAGUUUUAAUGUUUUAGUAAUCUCAAUCUGCUCUAUGAUUGACUAACUUUCUGUACAAAUUGAAAAUACAUUUUUGCCUCCAGUAUUGUCACAAUACCACAAUAGUGGUAAGUUUUUGUUUUUACAGAAGAAUAAGUGACCUAACAAAAAUACUAUCUUGGAUUGUAAACACAAGACCUGAUGAUGGAGCUUUGAGAGGUACAUAUUUUUAAAGAUAACAAUAAAUCAGAAAAAUAUCAUAAAUUCAAAUUAACUUAAUGUCUAGUAAAACUCUUGGUACUGUUUGUAAUCUGUAUUAUAGGUGGUGUUUUUAUCUCUUGAUGAACAUAAUUUACAGUAUUUGCUAGGACAGAUGUCAUCAACCUGUCUAUAAUAUGUGUUUAUCACACUUGCUAAGAAACAAAUACCCAGGACAAAGCUAAACUGCAAGUAUGGACUUAGUCUAUAGCUUCUAAGGUGGUUAAUGGUUGCUGAGAAUAAUAAAUAGCAUUGGGCUUCUGCGUCCUGGUGUUUUUUUUUCUUUUCUUUGUUUUGAAGUGGAACUUGAGUGCAAGUUAGUGAUCACAUUUAAUGUAAUAAUUGCCAUAAAAAGUAGUGAUUUUGGUUCUAAAAUGUAAAAAAAAAAAAGAUUUGCUGUUUAAGAAAAAUAUGAUGCAAUUCCUGAAAACUGCAUUUUACAAUUACUGUGUUGCUGAAAGUGUACUUUUGUAAUAGCACAGUACCAGUACAUAUUUCUGAUUUUUUUUUGUAUUGGUGUAAUCAGUAGAUGUUUCAUUUCUAACUAAUCUUUUUAAAGUUUACUUAAAGGUACUAAGGUUGAAAAAGUCUGCAAAUUAUAUAAUAUUAAAUAACACUGCCAUAAAAGAAAUGAAGUACAGUAAUUGCUAACCUCAUAAGCUUUUCCCUUGUCUGUUACAAAAACAGUUAAAAAGUACAUGUACUCCUUUACAAUCAAAAAUGUCUCACUAUCAAUUCAGCCACAUUUCACCUCUCAUAUGGUAUACUACUUCUUAUUGCAUCAGUUUUCCUUAUUGCUCCAUAUUUCAUCUGUGUCAAAAUUUGAAACUGGUUCAGAAACUUAAGAAAAAUGUAUUUCCAGAACCACUUUGUAGAAAACUGUCAUUAAAA